AUGAAGUUUUUAAGUUAUAUCAUACUAGCAACGUGCGUUUCUGAGGUAUUGGGUGGCAGCGGCGCCCUUGGAGGUUACGAUGGAAAAUCAAGCUCCAAGGUGGACUCCAAAUCCUCGGCCAGCUCGCCCUCUGGUAGCCAGUCCCUGAGGUUGGUACAGACCAGCAACGUUGAAGGUGGUUCUGCGACAAAAUCGACCGUUCAAACAACGACAGCAAUGGAAUCUGCAACUCCAACAAAUUCAGGCGGCCCUGUUGCCGUUGUCACAACCCACAAUUCUGCUGGAGAAACGUAUCUUUCGACCGUUUGGUGGUCAAACAGCGUCACCAGAUGGUGGACUCCCGCCAGUGAAUUAACACUGACCUCCUCUUCAAGCACUGCAUCCAUUGAAAGCUCCAGCAGCUCUUCAACACAAUCUACAAGCUCUGCCAGUGUCAAAAACGCAACCAACGCUGCUCCACGUAUAGAGCACGGGACCGGUUUAGGAGCUGGCGCUUGGAUUUUAGCCAUUGGCGUCAUGGCUCUUUAG